AGGCUCUACCUAGCGACAACCUCUACCAUCUUUUACACACACGACACCACAAUCACAAAAGCAACAUAUUAUCAAAGUCAACAACGCAUAGCGCGGUAGAUAAAAUUGAAAACAAAUAAAUCUGUGUGCUGCUGGAAGCUCGCAUAUUAAAGGGAGAAUGCGCCAGCACGGACGAGCAACACCAACAAACGACAAAGCACAUAAGAAGUCCUCUGGGAUCAUAAAUUUUAACGUCUAAAAAUUUCGGUAAAAACUGCUUCAAACGAAAGUGAUCAUGGGCGACGUCGAACUUGCUGACGCGGAGGUUCUGAACCCCGCCACCACUCCGUACCAGCAAGGCGCCAAGCCUCUGCAAAUUGUCCACGUGGACUUACAAACGAACGAGGUGAAGGUGAAUAAACCGAAUCUGGAAAGGAUCGCCCAAAACCUGCGGGAUGCUGGCGCGGAAAAGAUCUCGGUCGUCUCCGUUAUGGGGGCCUACAGAACGGGGAAGAGCUUUUUGCUCGACCUGUUUUUGCGGUAUCUGGAAUACGAACAGGCGAGCAGCACGCGGGCGUCGACAAGCAGCGCCUCGUCCGCCUCGGAGUCCGCGAGCAGUAAGGACCCAAUAGACGACAGAAGUUUCGUCAGCGAGUUCACCAUACCGGCCUGGAUGAAAGCGGCAGGUGAAUAUUGAAGCCUUUAUUUUUUCGGGUCAUUUUCGAUCGAUUUCGAUGCUAUCAAACCACUGCAUUUCUUGCUGCUACGAGGAAGAGGAUUCAAAUGUUUUUUUCUAGUUUUUGCCCUUCCUCGUAGUACAACUCGUCGUCAGAAGCUCGAGCUGUUUGUUGCACACUAUUUUUUUACGAUGAUGAAACUGAAAGUGCAACCCAACAAGAAAGAUCGCGACACAACAUCCACAUCCACGUGAACAAAAAAAACAGGCAAGCUGAGCGAAGCAUCCGACGGCACCACGCCCCGCGAUCCGGUCGCCGCUGCAGCGCAGAUAUGGAUUGAAAAAAUGUCUGGGUCUGGAAGGUUGGAACCUGUAAUGCUGUCUUUGGAAUCUAGAAAAAUCUGUAUUGCAUGACCAGCAAAAGUAAAAAUGUAAUUCUUCCUGCGCGGAGAGGGCAUUUGUCAGGCGGAAUAGGUAUCAAGAAGCCAUUAAAAAGUCUGUGAUGCUAGGGCACGCAUCACAGGCAUCAUGGCUCAUGCAAAACGUGCAUGACAAGUCUCAGAAUCUUCCAGACCCAGACACUUUUGCACUUGAUAGCAGAAGCGCUCGCCGCGCGGUUUCAGCUGGCGCGGUAUGCAUUGCAAAAGUAUCGUACUAGUAGAAAUAGCAUUACAAAUUUUUCCACAAGGAAAAAUGGAAUUUGUAAUGCUGAAUAAGCUAAGGAACCAGAUUUGUCAUGCAAGACUGCAAUUACUACGAGUGCGAUGCUUUUGCACAGGAUACGCGGGGGCGCGAGUAGGUGCACGGAGGGCAUGUGGAUAUGGCCGCAGCCGUUCAUCAAGACUCUGACGGUCACAGAAAACGUCUCCAGCAACGAGGACGAGGAAGUGUUCGUGAAAAGAAAAGUCCGGGUCGGCUUGCUCAUCAUGGACACACAGGGGGCGUUUGAUAGGUACCGCUACUGGAAAAAAUGUUAGUACUUAUUUGUGUGUAGAUAGUCUUGAUAAAAUACUCUUUCUCGGAAGAAGAUACCUACUAGAAGGAGUUGAAAGAUACCUAGAAUGGGAUCCUUGUGGCAGCAGGAUGUUCACCUAAGUCUCCCCCUCUAAAGUGAACGUGGAGUCUAAGGAGGUUAUUUUAUAAAAAAGAAUGAAAAUCUCACAGUCAAACGACGAAGCAACAGUCCGCGACAAUUUUCGGCCUGACCACCGCCUUAUCUUCCAAGCAGCUGUACAACAUCCAGGGUAGGAUAGGAGCCGACACCGUCGAGCACAUGCACUACUUUUCGGAAAUGGCCGUGGCGGCAAGCAGGCAGGGGAGCCACGACCAGGCGAAGAAACUGUCCAAGCCCUUUCAGUAUUUGGAGUUGGUCGUGAGAGACUGGCCCUGCUUCGACGACGAGACCUUCGAGGACGAAGCGGUCUGCCGGGCCUACAAUGUGCGAAAACAGCCCCCCGCGGGGGAGAGGUGGAGCGUGGACCUGUGCGAGAAGCAGAUGCAGUGGCACUUGGACCAGCACUUCGGUACUGAAGAUGUAGUUGAUGGUUUACUUGAGAAACAAAUUUCAGACACUGACUGUGUAUAUGGAAUCAGACUGCGCGGUCGAAUUUGAACUUCUUUCACGAUGUUGUCAACUAGAAGGAUGUACACAUCGUCAAAACGAACCAUGAGAACUUCGCAUGGUGGUAUUAAAAGCAAGGCAUGAUCUUUCACCGGCCCCCGCGUGACCACACCGACUGCGGCAACAUCAUUACAACAGGUUCCGACGUGAAGGAGCGGGAAUCUAUCGAAACGCUGUACGAAAUGUUCGAUGACAUCAAGGCCUGGCUCUACCCCGCGCCAGGAUUAAAAGUUUCCGAGAGUAAGAAGCGCAAGUGGGACGGGACCCUGGAGGAAAUAGAUGAGGACUUCGUCCGCUUCGUCGACCUCCACUGCCGCCGGACCUUCCGGGAGGUGCGAACACAACGGGUGUUCGGGACGGAUUUGAGUCCGGACACCUUUGUCGACAUCGUGGAAACGCUGGUCGGGGCCUUUCAAGGCAUGGAGGUUUCCCAGAUGAGCAUGGUGGAGGCCAUCGGGAAGGUAGAGAUUGAUAGGAAUAAAGAAACAGCUGACUUUGUCAUCCAUGCAGCGUCACCCUGCCAAAGCCAAUUUCUCAUGCACGACAGGGAUAUGAGUUUGAGUAUGUGAAACAAAACAAGAAAAAACAUCUUCUUCAGGCCAAGAACCUCGCCAGCAAGGACGAGGCUGGGAAAGUGUACAAAAAGCACAUGGAUAAAAUCAUGUCUGCCGUACAGGCAAGGACAGGAAAAGACAUGGACGAGCUCCAGAAGGACCACACAGCAGCAUGGAAAAAAGCAAUCGAGGUAUUAAGUACUAUGGCUAUCACAUUCACGCAUUUAUUUUUCAGCACGAGAGAAUUUCCAUUUCGUUCUGUGAUCGAGUCGUGUGGAUCUCAGAAAGAGAACAAACACAAAUGCUUUAAUAUGUCAAAAAUUAUCAGUUUUACGACGAUUCCGCGACUUUCGGCAAUGUGGACGAGAUAAGUGCGUCCAAGGAGGCGCUUUUGAAAGACCUCGAUUUGAUGUGGGAGCAGGUGAAGGAGGAGAAUAACCGAAGAAUGGAGAAGGCCCUCACCGCCUUCGCGGGCAUCGCCUGUGUCGCGUUCACGGCCCUGAUUCUCGAUAAGAUGUCCGACUACACCUGCGACUGGUGGAGCGACACGUGCGUGCAGGCAAGCAAAAUCCUCGUGCUCUUUUACACCGCGGUGCUCGGGAUACUGGGGUGGCAGGUGAAUUUAUUCGUAGUUGUUGCUGCGUCGUAUAAUUUUUACAUGGAAAAACAUGUCAGUGUCAGUCUACUGCUUUUGUACUAUUAACGGAUGAGGAGUAGGGGAUUUACGGACGUGUUUCGUGGUCUCAAUCUGCGAACAAGGAAUCACGUAUCAAUUUUUUAUUUCAACUUCAGAUUUACAAGCUGCUCCAGACCCGGGGGCAGGCUGCUGUGGGCAUUGCGGUGAUCGAACUGGUAUGCAUUGCAAAAGUACUUAUCGUAUUCGUAUAAAUGCAAUACAAAUUUUCUCAGCGUGAGAAAUAAAAUUUGUAAUGCAGAUUUAGCUUAAGAAAGGGAUUUGUAAUGCAUGACUGCAAUACGAGUACGAUACUUUUGCACAGGAUAACUGGGCAAGCAGUGCGUCGUUUUGAGCCACCAGUGCUCCGUAUCCUGAGUAAAAACGUACCCACACCAGAGUUGUAAUGCAAAUCUGCAUGCUGAAAAUGUUUCUCAUGCGGAGCUCCAUGAGAAGCAUUUUCUAGUCGUGUUUUGCAAUUUGUCAUGCUCCAAUCAGCAUGGUAUGCUAGAUCUCUGAUGCUGCUGAGCUAGCUCAAACAGCACUACACUACGAAUCCAAAUUUGUCAUGCAAAACAGCCAAAACUUGUGGAUUUGUCUAGCCGAUUCCCCAUCUUGACUCUGGUGUGGGUACGUUUUUACUCAGGAUACUCCGACAAGGUUGUCUACUACGUGAAAAAUAUUGACGUCGCCAAGAAGGACGCACAGAAGGCGUACGAGUACGUCCAGAAAGCCUACGUCGAGCCGUUUUUGGUACCUGCCGGGGCCGCGGACAGCACUGCAACCACUUCCCCAACGAAGAAGACCGGGUCACCAAAACGCGGCGCUGCGAAGGCAAAGAAGGGCGACUGA